UCUUUCAACGCUGUUCAUGUUUUAUUCGAUGUUUUAACCCCUUGGCCUAUACGAUAUAUGCCCAUUGCGUGUUUUUGCCACGAGUCAGACUCGUGGUUAUAGGUCAAAGGGUUAAAAGUAUCCUAUCUUCUUUCCUCACAAUCAUAGUCUUUUGUCUCUUAUCAUUUUCAAUUAACUCCAAAAUACUAUAAAAUCAGUUGAUAAAGAGACAAAUUUUAAUUUUAUCGUUAAAUAUUCCACCGACGUCGAGUACCCAUUUUUAUAGAUCUCUUAUCAAUUUCAAAUAACUGCACAAAGUCACGAAGGGAAUCAUUAUAAGGACGAGCCAUGUAACCAAUGUAAGCAUUGUUAAAUUGUUCUUAGGUGCAUAAUCGAUACUUACAUCCCCUUUUUUAUGUAUUUCUUUCCAAUAGCAUGAUUUCCCAUAGAACAGGAUUUUCUAUGGAUAGAGUAUCUUCGUGAUAACUCCACCGUGGAGAGAGUAGGGCUCAGUGAAAGUGGAUCGAUACUCGGUGUCUGUUGGCUCUCCAGUUGCACUUGCGGCUGUCGGUCGACGACGCAGCGUCUCUCGAAACUCCACCUGAAAUUAUAGUAUUUUCCAUAAAUAGUGAAGUUAUCAUUCCCAAAAUGUACAGCCCACUUACUCUGAGCUGUUUGAAGUGACCAAGGGGGACGGACACGAGGAGACGAAUUUCGGGACCAAAAUGAGCCAACUUCAACGACGAUAAUUAACGUUAAUUAAUUAUGCUUCCUAUAACAAGAUGGCGAAUAAUUUGUAUAAGUCCCUGCAAUUUUGGACAAGAUAAAAGCGGUGAUGUGACACUCCGAGAAAAGUAGAAAGCAGAUGAAAGAUGAUCUUCAGACUGCACUUCGUCACCAUCCGACUUCUUCGCUGGAUAAUCCUCGUUCCACUGGUGAUCUAUCUCUCGCUUUUUCUAAUCAAAUACAAAAGGACCUUACCUUUGAAGAGUGCAUCCUCGCUUCCGAAGGACGAAUCGCCCGUGGUGGAGAAUCUCUCCUUUGAUGUGGACGGAAUCACCGUGACUGAGAAAAUAGAAAUCCGGCAGGAUUAUGGCGAAGUUGUCAUGAUUAAUCGGAGAGGUGCGGAGGCGAUUCGCGGGGUCGACGGGAUCGAAAACGAGGAUAAUAAUCCGAGGAGCCUCCUCGAGGACAUCUUCUGGAGGGCCGAUGCAAACGGGAAUCAACUUUUGGACAUCCAGGAACUUGCCAAAUGGAUCCACGGCAAAAUCACCGAACAUAUCAACAAGGCGAUGAGGGAUAAUAUUGGAUUGUUCACCGCGAUCGACAAUGAUCCUCGAAAUGGUGAAGUCUCGUGGGACGAGUACCAUGCUCAUUUUUUAAGGUCUCAUGGCCUCUCCGACAAGUACAUAGCCUCGCACGACAAAAGGCACGGAGCAUUAUCGAGGUCCUUGAAGGAAACAAUCAUGAGAGAUAGAGCAAGAUGGGCGGAAGCUGCCAGAACGGAUCCAGAAAGAUUGGCUCUGGAUGAAUUCCUCGCCUUUACUCAUCCUGAAAGCAGUCAUCGAGCAUUGUUACAGAUCGUCGAGGAGCUCUUCGAGAAGUUCGAUCGAGAUGGAGAUGAGCAAUUAACAGAGGAUGAGUUUUCGAGUUUGCCUUCCGAAGGAGUGGGACUAGAAUUGGCAGAAGACAGAAAUCGACCAGUGCCAGGAUCUGAGGAACGUAGAAAGGAAUUUAGACAUCUCAUUGACAAGAACAAAGACGGCAAAGCCGACCGCACCGAGCUUCUGAUGUACAUCGAUCCCCGAAAUCCGAGACACGCAAUACAGGAGGCUCAAUAUUUAAUCGAUUUAUCGGACACCAAUCACGACGGAAGACUCAGCUUGCCGGAAGUCUUGAGCAAGAUGGAACUUUUUCUGGGCAGUAAAAUGAUAGAUACCGAAAAGAGUUUUCACGACGAAUUUUGAUAAAUUAUCAAUUACAUACACAUGUCGCGUAAAGUACAACGGAAGACCUCGAUAAUCCGUUGGCAAGUUCAGUAAUUUAUUUAACAUUUCGGAGCGAGAGAAGAGUAUUCGUAGGGAUUAUUUUUGUAUUGUGUUUCUAAGAGACGUUCCUAAUUGUACAUUGACUUUUUCAUUGUUUAGACAGCGAUGAUAUACUAAAUCAUAUACUGUUAAAUAAGAACUAGGGCGAUAAAAGAUUGGAGGGAUGUACUUUUUCCGGGGAGAAAGUACAAUUUCCUCUUUAUUAAAUAAUAGGUUUAGAAACGAACGGUAAAACGAUGAACACCGAAAGGAGUUUUUAUGACGAAUUUCGGUAAAUUAUCAAAUACAUAUAUAUGUAAUAAGAAAAUUGUGACUAAUGUGUCAUGAAGGUCUUUGUUACCGCGGUAGCGAUAUUAACAAUUUAAUUUUUCCUCUCUGUAUGUUCUGUAGGUUAAUUUUUUACCGUUUCCAAGAUAUAUAAUUAAUUGUAUAUUGAAGUCUAAGUCAGCGGCAAUGAAAUUGCAAAUUAUGUUACGUUAUUAAAGAGUGCAAAUGAAGAAUGGAUAAUAUUGGUAAAGGUUAUUGGGCAGAAAAUUUCAGAAAUUUAAAUUAUUAAUCUUGGACGAUAUUCGCGGUAACCAAGGCGACCAAUGAUGACUGAAAGACUUCGGUCUUGAUUAGCAUAGAAUUUUUCCAUUUUGCACCUUUUCGAAACACCGUGUUUUGUGAGAGUUUGAGAUGCUUGAUUUUAUCACACCAUCCUGCGAUCGAUACUUUCAAUCGAGUCUGUGAUAGUUUAAUUAUCGGGUGCAGGUAACAAUAAUUAAUAAUCCUGCCUUCUGAGUAAUAAAUUGUACAAAGCGUGCGGGACAAUUAGUUCGCCUUCAAGAUGUUAGGAGAAGGUUGAAUCCGUCCUUCAUAGAAUUUACGUUACUUUACUUGUGUAAGUGCCAUUUGCAAAUAUUGCAUUAAUUGAACAAGGUCAGUUAUUCGAAAUUGAUUAAUGAUGAAUUAAAAUUGAAAAGCGAGCAAUAAGGAUUUUCAAAUGUUUUCAUUUACGAUACAAUAAAUAUGUUAACACACGCCGAAAAAAUGCCGUUGUAAUUUCCAUCAUCAAAUAGUCACGAUUUCUUGUACUAUUUUUGUUAUAUGUAUUAUUAAUCGGAUUAUUUUUCCAACGAACGGCUUAUGAUCCUUUCCAAAAGGGUUGAAUUGACUACAAUUGAUGUUACCUUUAAUAUUAUUCUUCCAGAUGAUGUAAUAUAUUUUUUAGUUUAUAAAGGAACUCACU